CGGGCUGGUGGGCGCAGCUGCGACAACGGGCCAUCUUGCGUUCGUUGACUUGGUGAGCAGGCGCGGAACGGAAAGCGGUGCUGUGUGGAUGGGGGAGCGGAGGUGAAAGUCCGGCGUGGGGAAGAAAGCGGCUGAAGGAAAGCUGAGACAGCGACCAGUGGAGCAAUGGACUCGGCUAUUGCUGUCUUCGAAGACUUGGAGAAAUUGAAUUCUUCUGGAGAUGCGAACAACUCCAACAAUGAAGUCUACACUCGCUUUAUGAAGUCGCACAGAUGCUAUGAUCUUGUUCCCACCAGCUCCAAACUUGUAGUAUUUGAUACUUCUCUGCAGGUGAAGAAGGCUUUCUUUGCUCUGGUUUCAAAUGGAGUUCGUGCUGCACCACUCUGGGAUAGCAAAACACAAAGCUUUGUUGGCAUGCUCACAAUCACAGAUUUCAUUAAUAUUUUACACAGAUACUACAAGUCACCGCUGGUUCAGAUUUAUGAAUUGGAGGAGCACAAAAUAGAAACGUGGCGAGAGGUUUACUUGCAAGAUUCAUUUAAACCAUUGGUGAGCAUCUCCCCAAAUGCCAGCUUGUACGAUGCAGUUUCAUCACUAAUUAAGAACAAAAUUCACCGUCUUCCAGUCGUCGAUCCAUUGACCGGGAACACACUCUACAUUCUAACACACAAGCGCAUCCUGAAGUUUCUCAAACUCUUUAUCUCAGAGAUGCCCAAACCAGAUUUUAUGUCUAAAACGUUGGAAGAGUUGAACAUUGGAACAUACAAGAACAUUGCAGUGGUGAACAAAAACACUCCCAUUUAUGUGGCUUUGGGAAUCUUUGUGGAAAAAAGAGUAUCUGCGUUGCCUGUUGUGGAUGAAUCUGAGCGAGUCAGGGAUAUCUAUUCUAAAUUUGACGUCAUUAACCUUGCUGCAGAAAAGACCUACAACAACCUGGAUAUUACUGUAACAAAAGCGCUGCUGCACCGCUCUCAGUACUUCGAAGGGGUACUGAAGUGUUACAAGCAUGAAACCCUCGAGACGAUUAUCAACCGUCUUGUGGAGGCAGAGGUUCAUCGGUUGGUGGUAGUUGAUGAUCAUGAUGUGGUAAAGGGGAUUGUCUCGCUCUCUGAUAUUCUACAGGCAUUGGUGCUAACAGGAGGAGAUAAUUCUUCCGAGCUCAGACAGUGAAUGAUGUCUAUCAAGUGCACCUGUAAGAUCGUCCCCGCAUUGAGUCCUCACCAGCCUGGAAAUCUUUUGUCUAAGGAUAUGCACCCAUGGUGGCACAAUGUUUUUUCACUGUUGCAACACUUCCAUAAAAUAGAGAAGGAUCCUGGCUACUGCUCACUGUUUCCAUUUUGACUGAACUUUGAAAUGUUUCUGCACCUUUCUACUUAAAGCCAUUGACUUCUGUGCCCACUGAAAUGAUACUGCAGGUCAGGUCAAAGGAACGGAAUCUUUUGUUUUUCUUAUCCCAUCCUACCUCAGGUGGAUAGCUGAGAAGUCUAUUAACAUGACUGAUUAUUUCAUUAUCUGAGCAUCAGUUUUUUCUUGUACUUUGAUUUAAGUUUGAUUAUCUGUUCUAUUGCUAGAUAUUGUCCAAUUUAUAUAACUACUCCUGUUAUUCAAUGCUUGUUUAAGACUCUGAGCGAUGCAAACACAGUUACUGAAAAACAGGUUGCAUGAAUACUGUGUAAUUGUCUUUUUGACUGAGGUGUUGGGCAGUCUAGUACCUGAUUUGUCAGAUACCCGCUUCCAAAAAAAAGCUGUUUUUGAUGUAUCCUUUCAUACUUUGCAAUAUGUAGCAUCAUGCACACCAAAAGAUUUUAAGUGGUUAUCUUUAACAGUUUGGUUUGCACAGUUAAAUUAUUUUUGCACUUUUGACUAAAACAGUUUGAGAAUCUGUGCUUCUCCUUCCUGGAGCCUCCCCCUUUGAACCCAGUUAAGAAACUGCAUUUCAAUGUAGAGUAUUCCUUCCAACAGCAGAAUCCCAUGAAAAUUUCUGCAAUGAUUUCACUACUUAAAGUCACAUGCUAUUUAAGGUCGUUUUUAAUUUCAUUUGGACCUGUUCUGAAAUGGGCCUAAUAGACAAAAUUGAGCUUGGCUUUUCAAAACUACAAACCACUACAAAGAGUGUCCAGCCUAACACCUCCAAAAGUUUUAAUACAAAAGCAAAUUUGAAAUUGGUUGUCAUGAUGCUUAAAUAAAUUGUAUUUCUUUAUUCCUAGGAAAAUGAUGAUUGUAGAUGCUAUAAUUCAGAGCUGGAGUCUCCUCUUUGUCACUGAUCCUUUUUUAAAGUCAUUUUGUUGCUUGUGGAUUUGAGUGUCAGAAAUAUGUUUUGCUUUUCAUUUCUACAAACAAAACCAAUUCUGAAUGAAGCUUGGUUUUUGAUGAUAGACUCCUGGAAUGCUGGUGCACCAGGUUGAAAGUGUUGUUGAUGGUUGGAACAUCAGUUUGGAAAAUGUUUGCUUUUAUUACUUGGAUUCUAUUUGGACCCAGAGUGCAAACGUGUACAAGCCUCACACUACACCAUUUAUGAGAUGUAGCUUUAAUCCACUUGUGUGCAGUGUGUAUAGUAGUAUUCUGUGCUGAUUUUAUUUUUCUUUUGAUUAGGUGGUAGUUUGCAAAUUGGUGGUUGUGGCUGGAAUUUUGGACAUUCUGAUAUGGCAACACAGAUGUUCCAACAAAGUUGGGUAUUUUAGUUUCUUUGUGAUGUAUUUUGGUAAGUUGCCGAUGCCUAAGCAGAUAGUCGAGAAUUCUGAUACAAGAUGAAGGCAGAAACCCAAAUUGGUUGGACUGAUGAGCCAGUGGAUUCUGAUGAUUACAGCUGCAGUUAUGAAUCAGCUAAAUGUAGGAUUCAUCUGUGCCAAAGGUGCAAGGGAACCUAGUUCUUACAGCUGUACAUAGCUUGAUGUAUGGUGUGCAGUUUUCUCUCUCACCACCAAAGCCCACUGCGCACCCCUUCAAAAAAAAACAAAGCAAUAUGGUUUCACUCCUCCAAACACUCCGCUGGACUGGGACUCAAUCUUGCCAUGAGGUAAAUUGUACAAAGUUAACUUCGCAAUUGUAAGCUGAUUGUAAUUAAUAGGAAAAAAAUUAUGGAUAUUUUCUCUGCUGCAGGUGCGAAUGUGGGUUGAGUAAUGUUGAUUGCAGUCAUUCUCCUGACACAGUUAUAUUGUCCUUAAACAGCAAUAAAUUACUGUAAACAUACAAUGUGAAUGUUGCAUCUAUAUUUUGUUGAGGCGAUUGUUGAAAAUAUCAGAAGGGAAGAAGAACCGCUUUCCUAAAACUGGCCUUUGGUGUAACAAAAAAGCCCCAGGUCCGUCCAAUUUUUGUCAAUACGUGAGUACUAUUUCUUCCCAGUUAUCCCCUGCUUUCUACUCCUGACCUCUGAAAAUGUUGCCACUUUCUAGAGUGGUGUUGGCAGCCCUUCAGAACUUUGCCCAAGUGACCACUCUUUCAGUGUAAGGUAGUGGUGGGCUUUUAACAGACAAAGCCUUUCCCCUUCCUGCCUAACAGCAAUCUGGAUGCCUCCACACCCCAAGCACUGCAACAGUUCAAGAAGGCAGCUCAGCACCACUUUCUCCAGAACAAUCAGGGACAGGCAGUAAACGCUGGCAUCGCCAGCAACAGCCACAUCCUGUGCACAAAUUUUAAAGAAAAGAUGAAUCAGUAUGAGAGCCCUGAAUUUGUCUGUCUCCCUCUCUGAAGAGUGUAAGAUCCCUGCUGGGUUUUAACACAGCUUGACUGUUUGUUUGAUUCAUAAAUUUUAAAAUUUAUAAUAUGGCCCAUUUGUGGCAUGAUAGAAAUGUAUCUUGGGAAAGAAUAUAGUCUCUUUUUUAUGUAUACCCCAGGCAGAUAAUCCAGACUGCAGGUUUGACUGCUUAAUUCUGAAAAGUCUACACAGCAAGGCUUCUCCAAAGGAAGUUGGCCAUGAUUGCUGAAACCAGCACAUUGUCCGCUGGACUGGACAAUCACCAGCAGCAGUUCCACAAGCAACACUGAAAAUAAUCAGUGUUGGGUUUACAAAUGACUGAUGACAUGUAAUUAUUGGUACACGCCUUAAAUUGGCAGCAUUUCACAUUGUAUUUAACUGUCACGUCUUUGUGAUGCUGUCACUAAAGAAGGAUAGCCUUUUAUAAUUGCAGUGUGUCCCAAAAUGCUUUAUGACUAAUUAAGCACUUUUGAAAUAUCAGUUAUAAAAUAACCUAGAAAGAGACCCACAUCAGACAUUGUAGAUUUGCCAAAUUUCCAUGUUGAUCUGUUGCUGUUCAGCAUUUUAUUCCUUGGACACCAAAAUGUUUGAACUCUUGAAGGUAGUUGCAGAUCAGAAAUGAAAUGGGGAAAAAAAAAUCAAUAUUUCUAGGUUGAAAGAAUUUCUGUUUGCUUCUUGUAAUUUGUUUCCCCUCAUUUCCUCUCUGUUUUUCGGGCCUUGUGUUGCUGCUGCUUCCCAUUGCCACUGGUUCUUGCAUUGGCCUCCAGCUGACUGGGCAAGAUGAACAAACUUGCCAAUCAUUGGGUCUAAAUCAAUGGUGACGCUAUUGGUGAAUAAUGUAAAUGUUUUCAAGCUCCAUUCAGUGUGGGGUCCAAAGGGACAGCAAGAGAGCACCAAAGUUUAGCAGAAAAGUCCAUUGACAUGUUUUGAGGGUUGGUGGGAGGGAAGGAAAAUCAUUUUCUUAAUAUACCAAGAAAACUCCCUGACAUCCUUGUAACAUCUGUUUCCUGAAACAAACUUGCCAAUCGUGUGCCACUUAAACAUUGCUCUGUAGACUGUCUGGAAUUCUGUUUUUAAACCAUUUUGUGUUUUGGUAAAUGGUUUUAUAUGAUGCUGAAUGCAGUUUGUUCAUUAAUGUAAAACAAUUGAGUUGCGUUUUAAAAAAGACAAUUGUAAUGGAAUCAAUGUGAACUUAAAGUGCAGUGGUUAUUUCUUCAUAAAGUUGAAAUGAUAUUUAUUCCGAUCAUAGUCCAAACAUUUCUCUCGUAGAAUAGUCUUUACACUCCUUUUGCAUUUCCUUGUGAAGGUUUGAAAUCUCACUCGAAGUAUUAGUUGUAACGUAGUUAAAGCUAAAAUAAAAUUCUUUAAAAUGUGUCACUUAUUUUCUUGAUUUUGACUUAUCUGUAUCCCCUUUGGCUAAUAAUGCAGUUCAUUUUGCUUGAUGUCCCUGUUAUGAUCGAGGUGCCCAUUAAAGUUAAUUAAAACAAAAUCA